AUGUUGGAAAGAUUACUUGAUUUUUUCAGUUAUUCAAGUCGCACUUUUCCUCCUUCAGGAAACGUGGACAUCGUGAAUGGGAACUUGAAGCUGAUCCUCGGCCUCAUCUGGUCCCUCAUCAUGCACUACCAGAUCGGUCAGUCCAAGUUCCCGCCGAAGAAGCUGAUGCUGACGUGGCUCAGGGCCGUCCUCCCAGACUGCCGCAUCCAGAAUUUCACCUCGGACUGGAACAGCGGUGUGUACCUGAGUGCUCUGUUGGACUAUUGCAAGCCUGGACUCUUCACCACGUGGAAGAAUCUCAACCCAAGGAAUUCAAUCCCUAACUGCAAGCAAGCCAUGGAGAUAGCAAAAGCAGAAUUCAACAUCCCCAUGAUUCUCGAGCCAGAGAUUCUUGCCUCCCCAUACUUGGACGAGUUGUCUGGCAUGACCUACCUGUCUUACUUUAUGAAGGAGGGGGGGCCAGGCUACAAGGCAACGCUCGACUGGGUUAGAAAGCAGCUUCCCGAUAGGAAAAUUAAUAACUUCACGAGGGACUGGAACGACGGAAUGAACCUAACAACGUUGGUGAAGCAGUUAGGGGGCCCGGUGCCAGGAUACAAGAGGCUGCGACCCGAUCCGGACAGCUGGGAAUCGAACCUACAGUUGGGAAUCGACGGCGGGCGGAAGCUUGGCGUGGAACCCGUGCUGUCGGCUGGCGAGAUGUCCCGGCCCGAUGUCGAGUCCUUGGCUAACAUGGGCUAUAUUGCCUACUAUCAGUGGGUGAGGCCUCGUCAGAGCCCCGCGGAUUCCAUGUCCGUCAAGUGCGACCUCGAUAACGUGCGCGUCAAUAAUCCGAUACGAGAGCUUGACCAGGGCCCGUCCUCCUUGCCAGGGAGACCCUUCACUUUCGUUGUAGACGCCACCAGGUGCGGGUGGGGCGACGCCACAGUGGACGUGACCCAAGGCGGCAGGUCUUUACUCUCGAGGUCACUCGAAAUCGAUCGAGGACUCUACGAGGUCACCUUCACUCCCCUCGAGGCUGCCAAACACAAGAUCUACGCCUAUUUCAACGGACACGAAGUUAAAGGGUCUCCAUUCUCUCUGUACCUGGGGAUCGAGAGGCCGCCGGAUAGGAAGGACUCCAAAGCAAAGAAGAAGACGUCCAGCAAGGAAGGCAAGACGUCUAAGGAAGUGAAGGAGAUCGUGAAGGAGUACUCGGGGUCAUCCCUCCUUAAUUCCCCGAGGUAUAGUUCCUCCAGUAACGAUUCACCUUAUAAAUCGAGCACCCUCACCAGAACCUACGACUCGAACACUCAAAGCAAGGUAUAUGAGACAUCGGCAGUCAACAGAUCCGUCAACUCAAGCAUCACCAAAAGCUCUCCAGACAAAUCUUAUGACUCGAAGAACGAUUCUCCGAGCAAGGCAUUCGACUCUUCAGUCAGCAAAGGCAGUAGUAGUUACGAAGCUAUCAACAACAAAUACGUCAACUUCGAGUCGUCCACCAUCGUCAGUAGAAGUAGUACGUUCGACUCGUCUAAAAAACAUUCAAGUUCAUACGAUGUUCCUCAUUCCAAGAUCAGUCACGAGGAUUUCCCUUCCAAAAAAGGAUAUGAGAUGCCCACCUCGGCCAGGAAGUCUCUCACGUUCGAGCCGAGUCCGGCAACAAGUCCAACUAAAUCCUCCAGCUACAGCAAGAGUACCGCUCUCGACUCAAGUUACAACUCGAGCUUCGAUUCUACAUUUAAGACCUCGACAUCAACAGUUAUAAACACCAACAAAUCGAGCUUGGCAUUCAACAAAGCCGCCAGCCCUACUCGACUCUCCUCGCCCCGCAAAUCCACCUCUCCGUCCCCCCCCCACCCUCCCUCCAGCGGUGCCGAGGACUGCCCGUGCGGUGAGCCCCCCGGCUGGUCCUCCAAAUGCCCUCACCGGCCUCUCGUCGCCCGCCAAGGUUCUGCAGAUCGCUCAGAAUGCUGCCAAAACAUCUGAAGGGACCUCGUUCUUCUAUAGCAGUGUUGCAAACAUGAAAAUUUUACCCUCCACAUAUUAACGCUAGCAUUGAAAAAAAUGUUAACUUAUCUCUUAACUGUUUAAUGUAGUUUUAAGGACAAACAUUUUCAGAUUACCAUUUCUUACUAUAUAUAACGUUAAAUUACCUUCGUAGUUUUCCUUUUUCAAACUUACCUAUUUAGUCAAAUCUGAAAAAUGUAACUAACCCUCUGAAGGACAGGGUUUCUUGCGUGUAACACACACACACACACAC